AUGCAGAAAAUGAUAAAGCCUCCAGAAGUGGCUCCAAUGGAAUCCUUAGGACCUGAAAGCACAGCCAAGUCCUCAAAUAACAGCCACACAGAUCUCCAGGAAGACAACUGGCAGAACCUGGACAUAGAGGAGGCAGAUAACCAGAAUGAUCACAGAACAGCUAACCAGGCUGAGGGAAAAGUGUCCAGCGAGGCUGUACCCAACAUACUUGAGCAAAGCGACCACAAAUUAUCUGAACACACUGUGCGCAAAACAUCUGACCUCCGACCAUCCCACCAUGAUAAUGUUGCUGAUCACAGAACAGCUGAUUGGGUUGACCAAACGAUGUCUGAACAGACGGACAGCAAGUCAUCUCACCAAGCUAAUCAUGUAGAGUCUGAACAGACUGACAGCCAGAUGCCUGUUCUAUAUGAACAAAGAACUUCUAGACACAUUGAACACAGAUCGUCCGGCCAGGAUGAAAAAAGAGCUUCUGGGCGGUUUGACCGCAGGAUGUCCAGCCCGGGUGAGAGAAGAGUUUAUAAUCAGGUUGAUGGUGGAUUGUCUACCUCCUCUAUCCGAAGAGCAUCUGAACAGACUGACUACAGAAUACCUGGCCAAGCUCGACGAAGAACUUCUGAACAGAUUGAUAGCAGAUUGUCUGGCCUGGUUGAACAAAAAACUUAUAAACAACUUUUCAACCAUAGAUUAUCUGACGAAACUGGUUACAAAACACUUGUAAAGACUCACCACAUAGUGCAUGACCAAGCUUCUGAACAAGCUGAACACCAGGCUGCUGACCAAACUGACAGGAGUGACCAUCAUCUUACAGUUGACUACAGUGACUCUAAUCAGGCUGACUACUUAAUAUAUAAAAAGGCUGAUGACACAGAAGACAACUGGUUUGAUUAUGGAGAACAUGACCAGUAUGGCGGUAGAAUAUUUACUAGCAAGGAGGACAGAGAUGCUAGCUUCAAAAUACAAUCCUGCAAAUUUGAAGUUAGCCAAACAGGCCUCAACAAUUCCAAGGUUUCACUUACAUCUGACACUGAAAGUAGAAACUUUCUGCAAGCAUUGAACUCAUUUGGCACCGAAUUCGUCAGUAAUUUCCAAGCACAAGACACAGGCUUUUGUCCAAGAUUCCCUGCCAUAUCAACCAAAUUGGACUAUAUCAACAGUCGAGAAACAAGUCAAGUCAUAGAAACCAAGCCUGAUGCUAUUUCAGAAUAUCAAGAAGGAAAGAGUUCUCAUGGAUACAACGAAACUUAUAGGAGGCGAUUCCCUUCUAUAGUAUAUCAAGAUCCUUAUCAAAUUUCACUACAAUACAUGGAGAAACACCGCAUUCUGCAAAUAUUUCAGCAGAUCACUGAAAACUUAGUCUAUGAAAGGCCAGAGGACCCCCUGAGUUUUAUGCUGUGCCAGGUACAAGAAAUGAUAAAGAACAGAGAUGAAAGAGCGACCUACAAAGAAUGA